CAACUCGGAGCCACUUUUGGAUGAGCUUUUAUACUAUUAACUGCACAGACUAUUCGCACUCCUCGCCUUUCAUAACGUGCAUAACAGAUUCUUAUCGAAUUAUUUCUGCACACUGUCCUAGCAGAGAUUGCACUCGCAGCGUGUCACUUGUUGUAUUGUUUAGGAGCCAGUUGGUUUUUGCCGCAAUGGUCGUUAACCUCUGAAUGACCCCGUUUGGAGCCCACGCCUCACAAAGCGCCGCAGACGCGCAGUACAGCCAUUGCGCCAGAGGAUGGCGCACCACGACAAUCCAAAACAGCCAAGCACUGACUCCGAGUUUGCCCGAGACACGAACGCACGGAGGCGCGCACCCUUUACAUCCCACCCAGUAUUUCCUACGUGCACGAGUUUACCUCUCGAGGUCACCAAGCAGGAUUUACGACUGGUCAACAAAAGCACGUGAUUCUUCGCCGUACCCCAUAUUUGGGUGCCUACGUAAGAGAGAAUCAAGUCCAUGUCCCACUCAUUUCCAUAAUUCAUCAUAAAUUGUGCAAGGGUGCUAUAGGACGCGCUAAACCAUAAGAGCCACAAAUCAAGCACACAGGUUUAUGCUGUUUUACCUUCAAAUAUAAUAAACCAACAACAACAACAUCUACAACGAGCACACGGUGGAAUUGUCAACAAAUGAGCUCCUAUUUUGUGAACUCAUUCUGCGGUCGCUAUCCCAAUGGCGCGGACUUCCAGUUACAUAAUUAUGGAGACCAUAGUUCGGCAAACGAGCAAUACAGAGACUCCACGGCCAUGCACUCCAGCAGGUACGGCUAUGGAUACAACGGGAUGGACCUAACAGUCGGACGCGCCGGUGCCGGACACUUUGGGGGCAACGAGCGCACAUCGGGCUACUCGCCGAGUCACUCAGCGGCGACCACACCGUCGGUGGAGCCGGUCAGGUACACCCAGUCCGCCAGCAGCAACGGGACCUCGUCUCUGUCGCCACCACCUGACCCGCUGCCGUGCUCCUCGGUCGCCAGCGCGUCCCCGGUCCCCGAGACUCACUCUCAACAGAGACCCAUGAAAAACUCCAUAACGAGCCCGUGCUCGAGCUCCAACGCAGGCACGCUGCUGCUUGGCCGGGACUGUGUGUCCAAGGCUUCCCCUCUGGACGACGAGAAGGCUACGGGAAGUGGACCGACAACUCCUCAGAAUGUCACCGACUCGUCACAGCCGCAGAUAUAUCCGUGGAUGAGGAAAAUACACAUAAGUCACGAUUUGGCUGGACCAGAGGGGAAGAGAGCCAGGACUGCAUACACUCGAUAUCAGACCCUGGAGCUGGAGAAAGAGUUCCACUUCAACCGCUACCUGACCCGCAGGCGGAGGAUCGAGAUAGCCCAUGCCCUCUGCCUCUCAGAGAGACAGAUCAAAAUCUGGUUUCAAAACCGCAGGAUGAAGUGGAAGAAGGACAACAAGCUGAAGAGCAUGAGCAUGGCGGCAGCAGGCGGGGGAGUCUACAGGCCUUGAUAUUCACUCCUGCAGCCCUGAUAACGAGCACUAUGAAAAUAAAAACAAAGAUUGUCAUAUCAACUUCUCCCCCUACUUCAAAAAAAAAAAGAAAAAAAAGCGCAGAGACUUGUUGACGGGCAGUGUGUGGGACACGGGACAACCCCACGCAGCCCCACUGUAUGUCCAACACCAGUCCCAUUAUAUUCCUUAAUAUUAUUAUUUCCCUUUUAUUUCCACCGUGGUAUAACGUUUCUGUGAGUUAAAAGAAAUGUAUUAUGUACAGUUCUGUCUAGAUAUAGAGUUACAAAAAAAGAGCCAAUAAAUGUUUGUUUAAAUUAUUUCUUGUUUAGACGAAAAAAAAGAAAAAAACCGUCAAAGCUGGAAAUGCCACCUACAUACAUCGCAAAUAAAUCCAGUAAAAGUUGUGUGAGAAUGCACUCAGAUCGACAACAGCCUAAUGAACAAAGAGGAUGAGGUUGAGCUGCCUUUUGUGUUUAGCCUUCAGAUUUCUAUGUAUGUACUUGUAUAUGUAUGUAUUUAUAUGUUUGGUGUAUUGUACCAUCUUGUCAGAUAACUUGCUUCCAAAAGUAGAGCCAGCAGAGUGCGUAAGCCUUGUGUGAUCAUUGUGUGCGUUGUGAACACAUGUAUGGACAGAGGUGCCGACUCAGUCUUGUAUGUACAGUAGACGUGCCUUGUAUUUUAGUUUUCUUUUGUUCAGUUUUUUUUUUUUUUUGCAGGAGCUGCUGUUAGUAUUGUUUACCUGGUCGCACCAUCUUAGUAAAACGUGUUUUUUUUGUCUUUGUUUUCUAUAGUUGUUUUUAUGUGGAGGGUUCCACGCUAAAUUCCAUUGCCUCUGUGUAUAAACUCCAUCGUCAUAAAGCUUUUUGUAAAUGUUUUACAAAGACUGGAAGUCAAGAAUAUACUAUAAUAUUAAUAAAGAUGGUGGUGAUAAUGAUGAUGGCCAUUAUAAUAAACUUUUUACUGGAACGGCAACUUCCACGGCAACA